AUGUUCGUGCCAAAGUGGAAGCUGUUGCUGAGCGGUUUCCUUAUUUGUGCCGUAAUCUUCGAGUUAGGUAAGUGACUUUCUUCGCAGUUCUCUGAACAUGUGUUCUUGGAAAAACUCAUAAGGUGAGGUCUCUGUCUGCAAAAUAAAAUAGCUCACAGUAGGUCAUGCUUUUUGGAAUUUGCUUGAAGUUUUAUUACACAGCAAUCUCACUGUACAACUGUAUCAUUAAGAAAGCAUGUCAUAGCAACACAUGUUUGAUUGUGUCUCUGUUUGUAAUCAUGCAUUCAUCGUGUGCACUGCACAUUGUGUAGCUCACUGCCAAAAGGAUGCCCAAGUACAGAAGACCACAGCAGGAAGGAAGUCCAAGCAAAACAAACCCGAACUUGGGAAACCCGUAAAUAAAAGACCCAGAGCAGCGACGGCCAAACCCAAAAUCAAAGCUACACCUGCAGCCCCAGCACAGACCAUACUCACACAGGUACUCAUCUGGUAGGAAACAUUGUAUGAAAUGUUAGAGAGUAUGUUAUAGAACAAUUCACCAGUGUUCUUUGGAUUGCACCAACAAGCUUCCAAUUUGCUUCGUCCUCAUUAAUGAAAAUGUAAUCGCUUUAAUCACAACUGCAGUUUCUAUUUAUGACCAUCAAGACAAACCUGAGAUCUCCCUAUGAUAUCUUUAGGUGUCUUUAAGUAACUAUCAACUGUUCAUGGGAAAUACUCCAUGAAUCCCACAAAAUCAACAUCCAAAAACCAUUUUCCCUAACCUAGCCUGGAUCUCUCAUGAAUCAACAGUUUGAACUUCAAAUUGAAAAUCUCUCCUAUCGGUUGGCCUUAGCAAUCUCCAUACUAUUUCAGCCCUCCUUUUAUUGGCAGUGUCCCACAUUAGUUAAAACAGACUGUUGUUUGGUCCCUACAAAUCAAACAUUUUCUGUAAUUGCUUAUCACAAUAAUAACACUUGACCUUAAAGACAUUCUUGGGAGUUUGGUCAGUUUUCAAGCACAGUUUAUGCCAAAUGUGCCCUGUGCUCUCCUCUCAGUAGUCAUUGCAGUCACUCCUCAUCACUGAUUCUUUUAAUGCCCAUAGUUCUGUCUUUACACAAUAACCUAUGCAUUACUCAUGGCUAGCUACUAUGUCGGUGUUCAAAAGCAACAGCUGCUUGUAUGUGAAGUCUCUCAAGGCUUGGUCCUUGGUCCUCUCCUGUUGACAUGUACAUAAAUCAUUUGCUACAAGGAUGACACCCAACAGUUUUUUCUUGUCCAAUUUGACGACUACAUUGUGCGUAAAACCCUGUCUCAAGCCCUUGGUGAUAUCAAAAGAUUGAAGGUAAAAAGAACUGUGUGCAACUAAAUAGCAUAGCAAAACAGAAAUGAUGUUACUCAGACUACCAAACUCUUUCAAUCCUCACUCAUAACCAGUCCCUAAAAAAACAAUGUUCAUUUCAGCUCAAGAUUUAGAGAAUAUUUUUCAUGUUUAAUAUCUUCAAAAUACGUAAGGGCAUACUGUGGCAGUUUUGGGACCUCAGGGAAAGUAAUAGAGAGUGAAGAGCUUUGCGGCACCACACAACAACCUAUUCUCAACCACACUUCUGUGCUCCUCUUAAAACUGUGCAGAGUGAAGGCAGGCUUUAUUACCCAAACACAAGUAUUUCACACAUAUUUUCAUAACAUUUUUGUGCAACUAUACAAUUUAUGUAUUUAAUAUUUUAAGGUGCUGAACAGAGGGAAGUUUAAAAAGGUGGGAGAGACCAUAAGUGUGCAGUCAGGUGACACUCUGGAGCUGAGGUGCAGGGGCAAACCUGUGCAGUGGAGCGUCCCCCCAUAUCUGGAGGAGGAUGAUGAUGGAAGGCUCAGGUAAACUUCAUGGUUGAUAAAGUUUUAUGAUGCAUGAUGUGAAGCUUAGUCUUCAAAUGAUAGAUUUAUAUUAAACUGAUGGAAAGUCAAUAUGGUCUUUGACCCUUUCCUGUUGUUGCACUGCAGGAUCAUCCAACAUGAGAGAUAUGGCGCUCUGACGUUAGUAAACACAACUGGCGCAGACACAGGAGAGUACACAUGUUAUCCAAUGUACUGUGAAGAUACAGACUGCAGGAAGGAGUACGACAAAGCCAUCAAAGUCUUUGUCUUCUUUCCAGGUACAAUGAAUACACUUAACUCGUGCUUGCACAUGCACUUCUCAGAACUAAACGUUUUAUGUCCCCGAAGGCCUGAUAGGGAGCUUUUUUUACAUCCAGUUAUCUUAUCCUCAAUCUGCCAUAUCUUCUUCUUGUGCCAAUCAGACCCGCAUGAACUGUUUGUUCCUUCGUCUGACUACUACGAGGUGAUUCAGCUGAGAUCAAACUGGCCCACAGUCCUCCCCUGCCAAGUGACGUCACCUGAAGCUAAAGUAACUCUGCACCGUGAGUUUCCGCCCACAGAGGUGGCAGUGGAUGGAACAGAGAUCUCCUUUGAUGUCAGGAAGGGCAUCACCAUUCAUCGGCCUCGGCCUUAUCACGCAGGAGCCUUGUACUGUGUUGCCAGCCUGAACAACUUAAGGCAGAGCUCCACCAAGUACAUGCUCAUCUAUGUCAACUGUGAGUGCUGCCAGUGGGUUAGCUGUUUGUUGCCUAUUUAUGAUCAGAGUUGGAGACUAUCCUAGAAUAGUGUUUAACCAUGAAUACAUAGAGGAUCACCAUUGCGACACACUCAGAGUCUGCAGCCCACCAACGUCUCAUACAAGUGGGAAGUAAAAAAAAUUGUAGAAAUGAUAAAAGAAUGGAAAUUAUGAUGCACUGCAAACAGCAACAUUACUUUGCUCUUGCUGCUUGAAUUUUAUCUCUUUUGCAGCUUUUCUGUUUUUUUUUUUUUUUUAUGUUUCUGUUUUCUUAUCUUUUAAUUGGCCACCAUUGAACAGUCGUUUUAAAUCCUUUCAAUUCUGAUGUCUUCAAGUUAGAAACAUUCUUAUUUUUACAGCUGCUACUGCUUAGUGCUGACAGUUCAGCUUGUAUUUUUUGUUCAUUUACAGUUUUACGUGUUUCUCGCACUUCUUGAAUCUAUGGGUCAUUUUUCUGGCAUGAAAUGUAAAUAACGUUAAGACUAAGCUUAAAACUUUACUUUUAAUUUGUUUGGUGUUUACUCUUGAAAUAACACUGCAACCUCAGCACUUGAAUGUUGAGAUGCCGAUAUAGCUGCUAAUGUACUUUUUGCACUUUUUUACACUUGUUAAUAUGUUUUUGAAAAGCAGCUUGAAGCAACUUUCUAACUUAGCACUGUCAUUACAGUUACUGAUUAACUAGUUGACUACAAAUUAGUGCUGCUUCAGUAUUUAAGGGCAUUGAGGUACUCCUUACAAGGUGCUUUAAUUUGCACAAGAAAAACUGAUAAAUAUGCAGACUCUUAACAAAGAAUUUGCCUAUCACAGACAUACAGUCGAAACAGUAUACUUAUUGACUCAAUUUCAAGUUUUUGCUCAAUUUACAUACUAUAAAAUCCCUUUUCCAGACCCCAUGGCUCCUCCUGCUCCAGUGAUCCAGGCCUCUUCAGGGUCAGUGGCUGUAGGAGAGAAUCUGCAGGUCAGCUGCUCUGUGGUGGGAGAACAGGACGUGGCCGUAGAGUUCACGUGGGAGUACCCAGGACAGGAGGUCAGACUCUCAGGAGAAGUAAAGGAAGAGAGUAACUGGUGGCAUUUAAGUCAGAGCUGGUUUGGUAUGACCCAUGAACUGUGGAUCAUCCAGGCCUAUAUUCAGGACUUGUUAACACUUGAACUAAAGACUAUGAGUUAUCAUUCUCUUGUGCUGAACACUAUCUGUUUCCAAACUGAACCAAACACCUGUGCUGCUUACAGAUCGGGAGGCCUCUGUACACACAGGAGAGCAUCAGUCCAGUGGGUGGCGGAGCUGCUCGACAGCAGUCUCAGUCUGUCCUUCUUGUGGACGAGGUGAGGGACGUGGACCAGGGGACCUACACCUGCACUGCCCAGAAUCUGCAAGGGGCCAAGUCAGUGUCAACCACCAUUAAAGUUGUCCAAAAGGCCAAACCCAAGAAACCACAAACCAACAGAACUGGAUAAUGAAUCUGAAGUGAAGGAAAAAGAAGCUGAAGUAGUUUUGCAACAGUUUGCUCUGACGAACAGCACGCUAUGAGUCAUAUUCGAAUGCAUUAUUUCAGUAGAAAAAACUCUUUCUCCUUCUGUCACUCUGACUCAUGCAAACAUGCUGCAGCAUUACAGUAAUAACAAGGUUUUGUCAUUUCGUGUAUAUAAAAUGUUGUGUAUCAUAGGUUUUGUAUUGGGUAGCUGUUGUGUUUGUCAUUAAUGACGUUGCCAAAGGUGAUGAUAUAGAGAUUUUAAAUGGAUAUUAUACUUAUUAAUCAUUAUAAAAGCAAAGUGUUUAAUGCUAUGAGUGCCAGCUUCUCAAACGGUUUUUCUUCAGUUUUGUAUUUCUGUAUUUCUUUAGUUUAUCUUUGUGAUUCUUGCAGACAGAUACUUUAAUAUUUUGUGUAAUUGAAGUUAAAUGCUGUGCAGCCUUAGUGAGACAAUAUGUGUGUUAAUCUCUCAUGGCAUAAAAUGAAUAGUCAUGUCAUCUGUUCAGAGUUGAAGAAACAAAAGGAUGUUUCACUUCUGUUGAACUGGUUGUUUGUGUAAGUAAAAAUGCUCAUUAUGCAGAGUGACACAUUUUAGUAUCACACAUGGUAAUCAUAUAUUUUAUUCAUGAUGCAUUAUUGUGUGAAUAACUCUGAGACUCUCUGUUAUGGGUGACCUUUGAUUUGUGUUGGUUCUGGUGCCCCCUGUGGACAAAACUAUAUAUGUUAUUAUAAUUCUGAAGUGUUGUUGUCAUUAAAAAUUCUUUUAAAGGCUCUUUUUUUCAGCCUGCUGUCAGUCACUGGUCUGACACCUGCCCCCUCACAGCUAUUUCAGGCAUUACAAAGCAGAGGAAAAUGUCAUUCUUUGCUUUGAAAGGUCAUAAAAAGGCAUCAGUGUCAAAUUUAGUGUUUUUUAAGCCGCUUAAAAAAAUCCUCACAUUGUAUUGAUUAUAGCAGUCUGCAAAAGUUGGACUAGUAUUACCUAAAACAACAGCCUUCAUGAAGAAUUUUUAAGUUACCUUUGGUAUUAACAAGCUGAAAAAUCUACUGAAAAUUGUAAGGUAAAUGCUUUGUGGUCAAGAUAAAAAAAAAAUACUUCUUCAGCCUAAUAGAGUACAAGCAUCAUGACACAAGAAAUAAAAAUAUUUAAAGCACUAAAAGUUUCACAACGUCAAUUUUCUAACUUGCUAUCAGCCCAGAGAAUUCUCAGUAUCCUGACAUGAAACCACCAAGCUACUUACUGCUUUAUGCUUGUGCACGAAUGUGCCAAUAUAAAGUUAGAUUGGCUGUGUGAUUUGAACUUCCCAAUGCUUACAAUUCAUCAACACCAAAAACAGUUAACACACAAUGAACCCAGGACUUUUGGAGGAUUGAGGUUUUGGGGUCCUUUUUUUUUAGUCUUUUUUCACAAAUUCGUGAAUUCACAAAUUUGAUUUGAGACUAGUUUCUGUUGAAGCCAUGUAGAGGCAAGCACAAAUCUUUGCCAAGAGGUCAGGUGGGGCUGGUUGUCACAUGUCUACUUAAGUUGGACUGUUUGUUUGAAAAAGUUUAGCAUAGUGUGUAGGAGUCAUUCUACAGUUACGGGUACAUUUCAAGUCGACCAAAAACUCAAAAUAUCUGUAUUCUUUUUUGAUAAAUAAGCUAGAUGUUUCUAUGAUAUAUACCCUUAAUGUGCUAAAUCAAUUUAUUGGCAAGCUUAAGCUCAAUGAACAUUUGAUUCAUCAUUUUGUCAACUAUGUUACGGACAAAUGUUGUGUCAUAUAAAACAUAUACUAAAGAUUUGAUAACACAUUUGUUUUUAAAGUGAAUCUGUACACCUGAGGUUUUGAGUUUAUCUGUCCAACUGAUUUAAAAAUGUAAAUUUUGAGCUUCAUAAUGGUGAUAUGAUGGGAUACUAUGAUGUAGAGUGCAACCUUUUUCAACAUAAAUUCACAUUACACCGAAUUUAGAGUUAUUCACCAUUCUUUUAUAAGACUUCCCGCUCCAGAGAUAUCCCCAUCUUUUUUUGUAACAGUUUAUUCAACAUUUAAGAGAUUUAUGACAUAAAAUAACAAUGUAACACAGUUGACAGGCAAAGUAACACAGUUGAUGAGAGUUACACAGUUGACUUGACAGGUGAAAAGGAGGAACCUUUUGAGGAUAAAAUCUUUUGAUUCCAUUAAAUGUAUCUGUUAAAUAGUUAAGCUGAUGAGUUCAGUUGAACUGAUUAUCCAUCAAUUUUCUACCGCUUAUUCCCGUUCCCAGGGUAGUUGGAACCAGCAUCUUCAGGCAAAGGCAGGGGACACCAUGGACAAGUCGCCAUUUCAUCGCAGGACUGGAGACGAACAACACUCCAUGCUCACAUUAUGCCAUUAUGCCAUCAUGCCAAUUAACCUCACUCUGCUACGGCAUGUUUUUGGGAUGUGGGAAGAAACUGGAGUACCUGGAGUAAACCCAUGCAAACUCCACACAGAAUCGCCCUGACCCAGAUUCGAACCUCAGACCUUCUUGCUUUGAGGCCACAGUGCUAACCACUACAAUAACCUGAACAAAUUAAAAAACGUGAAAAUAGACAACAAUUUAUAGAAGCUAAAACAGAGUAAAAUUGAACAUUUUCAGUAGCUUACAGGCUACUUUUAGGGACACCUUUGUAACCCAGGAUACUUCAAAUAUAUAUAUUUCUUUCUGUCUUACUAGUCUAAGACAGUCUGUGUGGCAAACAUCUGUUGCUGCUCACUUGGUGUCAAAUGUUUUUGAUAAAACUCCCACACACUUCCUCUUUCUCUCACACGCCACAAGACCUUCUUGUGGAUGAAAAAACCCUCACAGUAGCCUGCUCAGUCCUCUGCUGUUGUUAACUGUUUACAUAGCGCACCUGUGAAUUAGGCCGCUAGAUGGCGUCGCCUCUCCUUCAAACCUGAUCUAUGUCAGUUCAGCCUCUGGGGGGACAAGCACAUGCUCUCCAGCCUCUCGUGUUUCCUCUCAGUCAGUCCUGCGCUGUUCAAACCUCUGAGAGGGAAAAGAAACAGUCUCAGUCUACUGCUGCUGCUGGUGCUCUCUCCCUCUCUCUCUCUGUCUCUCCUCACACCGCCAGCUGCUCCGAUCUCCGUCUGCUGCUCCGCUUUAAGUCCUGGAAAAUAUCCUGUGGAGCCACGUAAACGCACUUUGUUUUAUUAUAUAACCAGCGAGAAACCAAACUGCAGCAGAGAACCAGAACUGGUCCGAGAGAUGUCCUGCGUGCAGAAUAUGGUGAGCGUCAGUUUUUCUACUCUUUCCUGGUCUGUCCUGUGCACAUGCAUGGGUUGUUGUGGUCCUUCAGGGUGGCAUGCUCAAAACUUCUUGCACCCUACACCUCAAUAUAGAAACUUGAGAUGCUUGACUUGGGAAAAAAAACCUGGGAAUAAAUGUUAGACUGUUGCUGUCAGCUGGAUCAGUGUUUGUUCCUCAAUCAGGGUUAAUCCUAAGAAUUUGUUUUCACUGUUAUUCUGGGCUUUAAAACUGAACAGGAGGGGAACAGGAGACUGAUGGAAGAACAAUUGUUGUUUUGGCUCUUAUUUCCUGUCACUCUGCAGCUAUGGUGGUCUCCUUAACUUUCACUGCAGUGUAUUGAAAAGUGUUUGGCUGUAAAUGUUUGGGUUGACGCUCACACUCCAGGCUUUCUUUUGAUGCUCAAGACUUCAUGGACAAAAGCUGUUUCUGUGUGGGAGAGUCAGUGUGUGUCCGUGUGUGUGUGUGCGUGUGUGUGGGUGGUGGUGGGGAGACACACCGGCCCAGUCUUGGGGACUUCCAGACUGUUGUCGUGGAGACCAGAGGCCACAGGUGACCUCUGACCUAAGGACUCAUGGAGCGUUGGAGGAAGAGUCUUUUGAGUGUGGUGAUUAUUGGGUGUGUGCUGACGUAAGAGAGGGAGCCUGUUUGACAAUAGAGAAACAAAAGAUGUGAGAGCUGUUUGUUGGAGACUGCAUAGUGACCAUUUCUGUAAUCUAGGGGGCGAAUUAUGGGAGAAAUCAAAGGGUUGGUACAUUGUUGAGAUAUACAGCUGUUAUGUGAAUGUGUAUCACUGCAUGGCAAUCACUGGGACAGCUUAAGUGUUGCUCAUUGUAAGUUAAAGUCACUUCAAAAGAAUACAUUCCUCUGCUUCAUCCAGCUCACUUCACUGUGAUGGUGAUGGACGGAGAGGAGGGGGGGUGAGAAAAUAUUGCGCCAUCAGCUGUCCUCUAUCACCAACUGCAAAUACUAUUCAAGUUCUUCAAAGUUGUGAUGGUUCAAGGCAGGCCUCUCGGAUAUGAAAUAAACACUAAAUGUCCGCUUAGAUUACUCAGUAAUGCAACGACGAGGAGUGUGAUGGAUUAAAAGCACUGUAUGGAGUGUUAGACUGGUUAAGAAACAACCUUAAACGGAUACUGAUGCCUUUUUGUGACCCUCAAAAUCAAACAAGUCUAUCAACAACAUUGCAGAUUUUAUUUAGUAGUAGAUUUUGACGCCUGAAACUGCAAUGAGGGGGUUGGGGUCAGAGCAUUUGAUUGACAGUAGGCUUUACUUUUAUUUUUUUUCUGAGGCAAACAUUCACAUUUAUGGAUAUAUUGUGCUGUUCAAAAACAACGUCUCAUUCAUGAAACGCUUAAAUCAGGGACAUUUUUGGGGAAAGCUUUUGCCGGGGACAGGUCAUCCAAUUCAUCGCAUCUGGUCACCUUAAUAUACUAUGGACAACUUGGUUCCGCCUCCCGCCUGUAUAUGGAUUUGAAGCCAAAAAGCUCUCGGUAUUGCCGGGACUUUUCUUCAUUUCAUGAAACCAGCGCUGCGCAGUAGCGUUGUGCUCAUUCGGAGGGGGAGUCGCCGAGAGUCGCUGUGAUGACGCUCGACUCAAACAGCGUAUCCCCCGGGUGAGCUACGCAGUCCCUGAACGCCCAUAGGCUGUAUCAGGUGUCAAUCAAAGAAAACAUGAACCCCCCUAAUAACUUUUAAAAACGGAGCUUCACAGAAAAAAGAGGACUUGAGCACAAAUCAGUCUUACAAUAACUACAUGUCAACAUUACAAGUAGGGGGGAGAAAAAAUUAUAUUCUGUGUAAUACAUUUCUAAAGUUUGUCCACAGCCCCAUAAGCUUUGCUGGAGGAGGCGGGAUUUAUGACCUAUACUGCAGCCCGUCACCAGGGGGUGCUGUUCUCGGAGUGGCUUCGCCCAGCAAGUGGGCAGACGCUGUCCAUUCUAUAUACAGUCUAUGGUCAGAUGUGAGCAGAGCUAGAACAAGCGGCUUUCAGCUUUUCAUGCAGGUUAAUGUCUGUAUGCCUGUGCUUUAUGCAUUGCUCCAGCAGAGUCUGUGCUAGUUUGACCAGACAAAUCCAUUUUUAUCCUCAUAGUUUAGACCAAAGUACUGCCAAACUGCACCAUAAUACAAGAUCCCAUCUGUCAUCUGUGCCUGUUUGCAGGUAGUCAAGCAAUAUAGCAUAGGCAUGAACUAGUGCAAUACUUACUUAGGCUAACAGCAAUUAACAAAGUCUUUGAUCCUCAUAUUACCCCCAAAAAAUCCAAUUGCAACUGAGAGCACAGCCAUGACAGUCAGGGCUGACUCUGAGAUUACAGUUUUGCAUACCAGUUUGUUUCAUUUGUGGUAUCCAUCCAUGUAGUUGGUUCCGGUUGCUAGUGCAAGUUUUCAGUUAUAAGUGUCUGAUUUUUCUGCCUCCAGCACCAAAAAAUGGAGAUUAGUGGAAUAAAUUUGUUCUGCUGGAGAAAUUGACUCAAACCACCUACACGGUUAGAUGGAACUAGUGUUUUACAGGAAAGAAAAAUUGGUGUAAGUUGUAAUUUAGGUGAACUGACCCAUUACUGCUGCAUUUGAAUUUAAAUUACCUUUUGCUGCUUCUUUGAGACAAGAAGUCAUUGCAUCUUACUACUGUUACCUCUUGCUAUAACCCAGGCCUUUACUUUUUGGUGUGUGCUUGCAAUUACACGUUUUGGAUCGUCUACAGUAAAUGAGACAAGGUUACUUUGAUUAUGGGUUAAUUCAUCAAAAAGAUAGCAUUUUGUAUGGUUAGAGUAUUUUAAUGAAUGUCAGAAUCAAAGAAAGAAAAUUUCAUUACACUGGCUUAAAAUGUAUUUUUGUUUGUCUUUGAUAUUUGGCACAUUAUCAGCAUUGACAUGUAUUCUCAUAGUGUGAUGGCUCUGGAGAUUGUCAAUCUUUCAAACUCCAUCUGUUAGCUCUAAAGCUUUCUGACGACAGCCUAUCAGCACAGUCCGUCUCUUUGCUGCUCUCUUCUCUGCAGAAUCAGUCGGACAGCUGAUGCGAUGUCUUCGUUCAGCUGUUUGAGCUCCCAGGGGGUUGACACUCCCCUGUGUGUGUGUGUGUAUGAGUGUGUGUGUGCAUACUUCAUCUCCUUAAAUCACUGGCAGCUGAUGAAACACUGAUUCUGCUGAACGCUCAGAUGUCUGCUGACCAUUUGCUUACUGUUGCUUAUAUAAAGAGCAGGGAAACGUACUCAUUUCCAUCAAGCAUCCUGAUUUUCAUAAACUUCACGCCAUCUUAUUCCCGCAGUGUUUUGACGUCUGACCUGAUUAAAAGCUUUAAUAUAAGUUCCAGGAAAUACCUUGAAAGUGAGAAAUAAAACAUCUUUUCUUUGCCGUGGAAGAUAAAGAUGAUGCACAGAUUUGCUCUCUCCUUGUUGCGUGUAGGUGAAUAGUGGGUCAGUCAUGCAUACUCCAGUCCAGAUGGUGCAGCAGGGAGAGCACAGUUGUGAAGGCACUGUACUGGUUGACAGAGAUUUCCCCUCUGGCAGGCUAGCUAAUCAAACUCUAAUCAUCCCUUCUUUCCUCUCCCCAACUUUGUUUCUUUCACUCCUUGAACCGUCGUCCCCUUUCUCCCCAUUUCCCAUUGUCUGCUCCCAAUCUUGGACUUAUCCUGUUACCCUUUUCUCUCCUCUCUGUCUGCAUUCAUCUCAUAGACUCUUAAUACACAUGGCCAUGCCUGAUUGCUCAGAGAAGAAAGUGUCAUGCUCUCACACUUAGAGCUUUCACUCCUCGGUCAUCCCUCUGCCUGUGGCUGCCCCGAUACGCUCUCUGAGCCGUCUGUCGCUGCGAUUAAAGCUUGGCCGGGUUAAUAAAAUCACUGUGGGAUUUGGCUGGACGUGCAGGGCUGCCGGCCUGGAUUCUACUACUGUCUGAUGUGAGGCUGUUUAUUUCAAAGCUUUAACACCAACACAUUACAUAAGUUAAUUGCAUGUUGAAAUAAAAGAAAGUGUUACAAAACUCUUAUUUUAACUUGAAUGAUCAGUUUAACUCCAUAAGGAUUUAGCGGCUCAGAGUUUUUUUUAAGAUUCAGUGAAACAUUGAUUUACUCGCCUCUAAUUUAGCUGGGUCAAGUUGCAGAAUUUUAGCAGCUAUUUUUCAAGUGCCUUGACAGACAACACACCCAUGUUAAUCAUUACCCUCGAGUGUCAGGUGUUUCCUUAUUGUCGAAGAUUGAUCUUCAAACGUUUGUUUGGCAUUCCUCUUGUCAGAUAAAACUAGACAAUGACCCACAAUAAUUAAAUGAAUUGAGGGACAAUGUUUGCUCUAGAAAUGGUCGUUAAGCUGCCUUAACCUUCAACCAGAAUAUUUGUAACAAUAAAUGUUAAGUCGACAGUUUGCAAUGCCAUAAGAAAUCCUAAAAGUGGCAAACCCAUUAUUUCCCAUUUCUACAGAAAUUUUGCAAUCUUUUCAGAGCAGGGUUUUGGUUUUAAAGCAACAGUUUUGCAUGUUUGGCAUUUUUGUUCAGCAAAGCUCCCCAGACUGGCGUUGCUGCCCUCUCAACACCAAGUGGCAGAUAAACAGGGUUAGUAGGUGAAUAAAGUGGCACGUGCAGCUAAAAGUUCUGAUUUUCUUUAAGGGGUCAAAGAAGACCAAACAAGGGCUAUAAGGAGUCAGAAUUUAGGACCAAUGUUCAGCAGACAGAAGUGUGUUAAUGUUGUUCUUGAUUUGGAUAUAAGCUACUGUAGGUUUAAAAUCCUCAAUAAGUUUAUGAAGAAGGAGAGGAUUUUCCUUCAUUUCAUCAUGUCUAGUUAAAGAUUUAAUGUAGCCUCUUCAUAUGCAACUGCAAAACAUCUCUGGAAAAUAACUCCAGGAAAGCUUGAGGCAUCACAGAUUGAUGAUAUAUAAGUGGAGGUGUGAGUAUGCAUGGGUGGAUCUGGCACAAUUAGGAUCUAGCUUGGGGCCCACAUGUUUUUUUCUGUCAAUCAAAGUUUCUUGUUCUGCCAGAUGGACAAGACCUGCUACACACUUAAUAUUUAAUCACAGUAAAGUCUGUCCCCAGUGUUUGCAGGGCUGUUGCUGACUGUAUGAUUGCCCGACUCAACGCCACUUACUGAACAAUAGUUUGAAUCUCAUGGGACCGGAGAGACCCACUGACCUUCAGAGGGGAAAGGUCUGGGAGUGUAGAAGGGUGGACAGACCCCUGCUGCUACUAUUGUCUCUGAAUGUCACAAAUUGAGAGGGGAGACGGAAAUAGCCGCCCUUUCUGGCUAACUCAGGCUCCAUCUCGUCUUGGAUAUUGUCUUGUAAACGAAUGUGUCGUCUUUUUACCCUUAUGAGUCAGCCUUUGUGUGUUUACUGCAGCUCAGUCUUAUUGUUUCCUCCUGUUUUUAUUGAUCGAUCUUAUCUCCUGUGAGGAGCGCCCGCGCUCACCUGCCUUCUUUAGAUAGGCUAUCAGCAGAAACGGUUACCCUCAGUGUGCAUGUAUUUAUGUGCACAGCAGGGUCGAAUCAUGCGUGUGCAGAGUACUCAACUCUCAUCUCUUUUAUUUAGUCUGAAGAGCCGUAGUGUUGCAAAACAAAAGGUCAUGAGUCUGAGCCCUCCUCUGCAAGUGGGCAUUGUUGUUUAUUUAUACCUGUGUGAACAAGUAGCAGCUCUAUUCUCAUAAACAGCAUUUGUCUUUGCUGUCACAUCAUGUACUUUUCCCAUAAAGCCAAUACUGAGGACUUAGAAGUUACAACCAGGUACAGUGGCCCAUACUUGCAUCUCAGGCAGAUGAAAAAAUGUGAAGACUUAUGUAGCGACCAUCCUGUACCAGCUUGUUUUGUAUGUUAAGGUUUGUACACACACAAAGCUGGAAACCACGACAGACAGGGUUGUUCAUUUAUCACCCCUUAUUGUUUACUAAAGCUAUAGCUAGCCAUUUAUCUUGUUUUUAGUCUUUUCGCAGCGCUAAGCUAAACACAGAUUGGUCUGAGUUUUGUUGUUUGCAGGUGGUAAUCUUUAUUUACACAUUCUACCUUAAGACAUAGAUCUCUGCAGGGUGGCGCCUGGUACGGAGAGCAAAAGCUGGUAGAACACAUUUGACUGUAUUGACACUUGGACUGUCAUUUUUUAAUUUGAAAUUAGUGCCUUCAUUUGAACUUUAAACGAUAAUGAGCUGUUUGAUCUCAUAAUAAUACAGUUUACCAGCAUGUCUGGCUGCCUGAAAGAGCUUGUCAUGUAAUCCGGCAGAGGGCGCUAUCAUUGUAACCUGGCCAAUCCACGCACUCUUGACCUCAGUAAACUAAUACAGUAAUGUUUUGAUACAGAAAUGGGGUACACAGUUUAGAAUAGCCACGCUGCAGCUGAAGCGUCUAACGCUCUAACACUGUAUGACCGCCUUUUUUUAACACUUGCCAGAAGCUCAUAGAGAGGCCAUCACAGACAAAAGUGCAGAAUUUGAAUGGAUCCGAACAUCUACACCACAUGUUAGCUAUUCGUUUAAACUGAUCUACACAACUGCCCGACAGUGCACAACAGCUAAUCAGUUUUAGCAUCAGAAGAAAUUGAUUUGACCUUGUUGUUUGCAUUUUUGAUGUGAUUGUAAACUCAAGACCGGAGAUAUAAUGAACCAAGAAAUCAGAACAUUAACUUUGCAGACAUACAGUAUGCAGGUAGUGAAUUUGGCUUCACUUUUUAUCAUAUACUGUACAUGGUCAUUUCUUGAAUAGCGAACUGGACUGCAAACAGUGAAAGCUGAACACCAUUCCUAUUGGUAAAUACCAUCCUCAUACAAAAACUCAUGGAUUUUUGAAUUGUGCAGACAUUAACAAACUUUCCUGCAGCAAUGAGACAGACAGGCAUACUGUACUUCCCAAAAUUUGGGAUCUACUUAUUGAUUUCUAUGUGAAAGCUGUCUCAAAACAAGUAUAGUCUUGCUGGCUUCUGUGACAUUUUCCCUUAUUUUAUAUUAUAAUUCUUAUUUUUGAAGAACAAAAGGCAAAAUUGAGAAACAAAUCAAGCUCAGGUAAGCAUCAUAUCAUGUUUUUUUUUUUCUUACAAAGAACCAGACAUCAUUGUGCCUCCUAGAGCUGCACCCUAUAACUUUACUGUCCUGAAGAGCUUAGGUAGAGGAAAUGAGUCUAGCCCUGGUCGUUGUCUCGUCUUGAACAACAGUAUCCUCUCUGUUGUUUCUGUCUCCUUUUUCCAUCUUUAGACCCCUACAUUCCUUCUUUCUAGUCUCUCCUACUGCUGCCAUUUUUCUCCAUCCUUUCACACACACUUGCAGCACCUUCACCUCUCCUUCAGGUUCCCAGAGUCUUUUCUUGUUUAAGCUGCUCUGUCUGUCAGCUGGGAGACUUACAACAGAAUCUUUGGAAUCUGAGACUGGAUAUGCUUGUGGGGCCCAGAGGUAAUGACAGGGGUAGAGCGGCACUUGCCCAAGUGUUAGAUUGGGCUGCCAGACUUUGAUGGGGUUAUCCCCUUUUUUCAUUUUUUAGCUGAUUUUUCAUCAAAAUACGUGAGCAGGCCUAAGGGUGCCACAUAAAACAUCACAUUCUUGCUCUGGAAUGCCUUUAAGAGCCUGCCAAUCUCUACACUGUGCAUCUUUGGUUGGUAAGGUGCUUUAUUAGCUGGGAUUCCUGUGUGCCCACCUAUUGGUGCCAACAUUACAAAGUCCAGAUACCUCCUUCACUCCCCUCAGCUCUGUGGCCCACAUCAUAUUAGAAGAGAAGAAACGAGUGUUUUUGUCCUGGUCAAGGAGUGGAGAACAAUGGCCUCUCUUCUUUUCCUCCUCAGAUGCAAGCAUCUCCAGUUUGAGUUAUGUAAUAUGAUACAGUGCAGAACCCGUCCAGUAACCCGGCCUCAGGAAGGGAGACUGACACUCAGACUAUUGUCCAGACAGUCCACACUGAGACAACCCCCACAUGCUCUCAUUUUCCACUUGUUUCUCAUGUGCGCUUAUUAUUUCCUCCCCUCAUCCUUCUUCUCCGUGUCCCUGCUGUCUGUCUUUAGACCAAGGUCUAAUACCUCAUUAUUGUUGUGUUAUCUAUGUGCAAACAACACAGAUUGCAUCGCUGGCGCUUGUCCAGUGAUGCAUGCUCUCAUAUGUCAAUGCAGGGUCUGGAUUGACCGCCUCAAAGCUGGUUCACAUGCCGGGCUUUUGUUUCUGCAACUGGUAGAACAAGUCGGACCACACCGGCCCCUGAGCGGGCUCAAAGUGCACAAAGAGAUGAGCUGAUGAGGCGGGGAAGGAAAGGAGAAAAGAGAGGGUGUACGGUGAGCAGGAAAGUACCAGAGAGUCCCAAAGGAGUAGAGACAGACUUUUACCUGCUGAAGAGGUCAACAUAGUGAUUUCUCCUAGUUUCCAGGUAAACCUCCAGUAGUGAUGCUGCCUGUAUUGAGACUGUUGUCACACUCGGCUUAGGAUCAGCUUAGCUUUCUAUUUAGAUCGGUGCAGAGUCAUCCUGUCGUGGCCCGCAGGUCAGUGGUCACGACCACGCAGCUCCCUCUAGUCCAUACCUCCUCACUGCCAUGUCAGACAGACAAACAGGAAGUCAUGUGGCAAGAUAAUCAGUAGCGCGAGUUUGGGACGGAUCAAAAGAGCAAUAAAGUGAGCAUGGGAUCAGGAGGAGAGAAGUAGAGAUUCAAGUGGACAAACGGGCAGGUAAUCUUGUACAUCUUUUUUAUCUGUUUGCCUCUCUGUCAUAAAAUGAUAAAGGGUUUCGAUGCUUUGAAACGUUGACUUUAAGAUUUUUGAAUAAUCUAAACUCAGUCGACCUAACCUGUCUGUGUGUACUUUAGACAUUCCUGAGCUCACUGCUGGGACAGUUUGCCUUAUUUACAUGCCAGCGUGCUCAAAAUACUCUGAGCUGGCUGUGAUUUAAGGAAGCAUUGUCAGAGACCAGCUUAAGCUCCAGAGUGGAGAGGAAAGCAGUCUGAUUGCUAAUUACUCAGCCCAUGGGGUUCACUUGUUUGCAGUGGUGCUGAAUUGGAAUUAGCUUUAACUUUUAUCCAAAUCUUUUCUCCUGGGUGAAUGAUGUCACACUGAGCAGCAGCCUCAGGCUUCCCUUUUACUUUCCAAUGCAGAGCAAAUACGUAAAUUAGCUCUUCGUUAUUGGAUGUGCCUUAAAGGAGCCACACUGUGCUUAAAGAAGUACAUAUGGGAUUAUUUGCUCCGCUGAGCUGUACAUCUUGAUUUCUUCGGUAUAGUUUCUCUCCAUGGCAUUCCUUCUUUUUGUUUUUGCCAAUGAUUGCUGCUCUGAUGGUCUAUUUGUGUCCCUGGAAUUCCCCCUGAGGACUAUUCAAGGCUCUGUGUUGUUGCUGAGCAGGGUAACAAGAUUUCCCUGGAUUGACUUUGUAUUUGUUUUGCAUAUUGUGUUUAAAGAAUUGUGAGGCUUGAGCCAAAAUGUCGCAGCAGUACAAGGUGAAAUGACGUGAUGUUGUUUGUGGUCAUUAUUAACACCCUGUUUGCUGAGCAAGGCAAUUUUCAGUAGUUCCCACUGUUCUGCUCCUCACCACGAAGAAACACCAAACACACUUUAUUUACAGAGAAACUCCACAGGAGGAAAAAGUGCUGAUGCUCUGACUCAGUGUCAGCAUGCGUCAGCGUCAGUGUUUACUACCUGAUACACAGCCUGCUUCGCUCUUCUUCUGCUGUUCGGAUGUGGAGGAGAUCAAAGAAAAUGUCCAGGAUGUGAUCAGGAAAGCUUUUUAUCUACGCUCUUUAUUUUGGCCUGAAUCUGACAGCUUCAACUUUGAGCGCAGCCAUACUUCAGAUCAGUCCAUAUCUCUAUGUCCUUAGUUUUCUGCUGCAGUCUAUGCAUUUCCCUGUUUGUGUUUAUACUGUGUGUGUGGCCCAACAAUGAAGGUGUGUGGAUGGAUGUGUUCACGUUCACUGCAGCGGCUAAGUGGAUCUGGUUCAGGUGUGGGUCGCUGUGGGAACCACUUGAUUUUCUAACGCUGUAACCACAGAACAGUGACUCUUACAUGAACCGCUCCAGGAAACAAAGAAGCCACAGAGAGAAGAGAGAGAGAGUCUCUGCUCAUUCUCCUCCAUACUGGCUGUAAUGAGUUUAAUGAGUAGUUAGACUUUCAUGCUUUUGUCUUUAUCAGCUUAAUUUACCUGUAUGGCUCCCAAGCUCCCAUUAUGAGGCUGAAUUAUCAACCAUUAAAUUUCUAAUAUUACCUGCAAGACUCUCAUGGGAACUUAGGUGACUCCAACAAUAGACGCUGUUUAGUUUCAGAGCAUGUAGCAGAGGAUCUGGAGCCCUGCACAUCGCCCAUAUCAGGGCUGUGUAGUGAUGUGGCGGCACAUUAAUAAUUACCCUGUGAGAAAUGUAAGGAAUGUGAGUUUGUUCCCCCACAUCUCUCCCCGUACAGUCUUCACUCUGGACUUCUGCUCUGAAUUAAAACACAGCUCUGCUGAUAGCAGCAGUUGGCAAACACUGCACACUGAACUGUACAAGCUAACAGAGUGAGCAGAAACCAAACAGGGAACUUGAACUGGAUUCAACAUUAGAUUAAAUAAAUAACGUGCCACGUUGUUGUUUGAGUUCUCACAAAUUCCAGUGAAGUGAGGUGUUAAAAUAUUUCUGUACAGGGCUGUUUUUACCGUUGUUGACUUCCUUUAUAGCAUAAUGGGAAGUUAGAAAUGUGUUUUUAUCUCCUUGGAUAUCUCAGAUAUGACUGAUGGGAUCCGCUUCAUGAAACUCAUCAUCACGUGUUAAGAGUAUUGCAAAAAAUAAGAUGUUCUUUCAGGUAUCAAGAUCUGCCAAAGUUGUCAUCCAAAUGUAACAAAAAAUAAAAUAAAAAUGAAAUCAGUGUAAAAUUACACCAACAAUAGACAGAUUUGGUUUCCCCACUAGGCCAGGAGAUAGGGUGUUUUUUUGCAUCACAGUUAGUGAUCAGUUUUGAAAUUGAUCCUUUUACUGGUCUUCUGCAUCACCUAAAGAUGGUUAUUGUCCCAAGCAGAACUGUUCAGUUUAUCUGUGUUUAUAUAUUUACAUUGUGUUUUCUUUCCCAAAGGAGAUUGAUUAAUCCCUCACUGAAAGUAGAGUCCUUUACAAAAGUAACCCACCUGGGGACAGCCCACAGCCCUGUUACAUUUAGAGUGGGCUAGUUUUUUAAUGAUAAGAAAAGUAAACUACCAGUAAGUAGAGCAACCACGUUUGGUUCAAACUGAAAUAAGUCUGAUAACAUUUUUCCUCAUUGUGCUUAAAAUACUGGGACUAAUUACCUCUGAAGUGUCUAUAGUAGACAGCUUUAUCCUCCAUCCCUUAUCAAACAUUAAGGCUAAUUCAUAGACUAGCUACUGUUUAACUUGGUAACUUAAUUUUGAGGAAACAGAUGACUGGCGGAUUUAGCCAUGAGGCCGCAGAAUUUUACUGAUGAUUGGUUUUUGAAUUUACUAGAUUAUUCCUGCAGUUGAUGCUGUUUCUUGACACAUUUUUAUUGAGGAUUUUGUUCAAGUGAGGCAACAAAGUGUUGCUUUUCUGCCUUAAUUAAAUUAACACUAAAAUGUGUUAGUGUUUGUUUGUGUGUGUGUGUGUGUGGUAUGGUAAGCAUGGAUGUGUGUGCAUUAUGAGUGAAGGGCAAGUGGAUGUCGCUAAAAACAACACUUCGUCAGGCUCUUAUCCUUGUGUUGCGACUGAUCUCUUCCAAUCACACACACACAGGCACAUAUACUACAUAGAGGGUGAACUUCUCACCUCACAGAGGGAUCAACACAGGCAUUCAUCUAAACUGCAUUAGGGAUUAUGCAAUCAAUCCCUUUUCACAUCACAAAUUAAAAGCUCCUGUAUUUAACAAAAACAAACUCUUUGCCCUGCUAGAGGAGAAUCAGGUCAGGGUUAUUGUUGGCUUAACAAAAAUUUUAAAAAGGCAAAGACAGUUACAUGUGCACACACGCUCGGUAGCCAUCUUCCCCUCCUGCCUUACAUAACCUCAGCCACAUCCAGAUCAAUACUGUUCCAUGAAACACCAGUGCAACCAGUAACCUCAGAUAACCCCCACACUGCUCCUCUAGUCAGGGCCAGUAAUUGAAAUCUGAAAUACAAUACUGUAAAGUCAGCAGGGGCUGUAAAGGCCAAGACACACACUGCAGACCACCAUCAAUAGACUAACAGAUGCAGAGUGAGGAAACCCACCUCAGCUGGUUCAGCUCAGAGGGAGUCUGACGGCUGGUUUAAUGGAGUGAGAUCAGGUCAGAGCCCACCAGGAUCAGGACUGUGAGGUUUUUGAACAAAGCCUUAGGACUGUAAACCUGGUUUAACUGCUGUAAAUCCUCUGGGAUGGCCAUUUUUUCUAAGGCUUGAUUUUUCGUUUCUUUUGGAUGAGUUACGGCGGAGGCUUAAAGUUAUUCUUGAAACUUGUUAAUCUCAGCUCUGACACCCAUUUUGAGAAAGGACUGUGUUUGUCCUUUUAUCAAUUUUAGUAAAUUAACUCCUACCGUAUAACAUUUAGUGUCAAGAUAAGAUGUGAUGGAUAUCAGAAUAUGCAGAAAUGUGACCGUUUAUCAGAUGAGGUCAUGCAUCCUGUUCUCCUAAGAUUUUCUUCUUAAAGUGGUCAAUUUGCAAAUAAAAAGGUAACAGCGAUGAGAAUUGCCUAUAAGCAUUGUUACGUACAUUUUUUUUCUUUUAUUGUGGGAAUCUCUCGUGUGUUGUGAUGAAACUUCAAAAUUCAACAUUAUGAGCUCACCUAAAGCCGUUCAGCAGCCACAGUGUCCUCAGUGUUCCCUCAAAUGUGUCAGUUUCCCCCCCGUCAGAAUUCACUCAAUAAAUCGUCUGCGUCUGUUCUGAACUGUCUGUAUGCUCAAUAGCACCCUGUAUCCACCACCAUAACCAAAUAUGACCUUUGGCCUCUGUAAAGACUAAAGUGUUGCUCAUCAAUAGAGACAGUGUGAGAGUGAACACUGAGCCCUCAGCUUCAGCUACAGCUCAUCCAACAACCACUGAGUCCGGUCCUGCAUAUUCCACAGAGAGGCCGCUGCUCAUCCCUUGUGUCAUGUAAUGAAAGUCGACCUCUAGCGCAUAUUUCUGUCUUCUUUCAUUCAGAAAACAGACGUCAAGAGUCACCUCAAGGUCUAAUAGCCUGAAGCGUCCCACUAAAUUUCCAUGUCAGAGAGCAGCUUGUGUCUUUUUAGAUUUCUCAGAUUUAUGACACACAAACCGCUGUCGUUGCGCUCGUCAGAAGGAGCUUUUCAUGACCCUGCUUUUCAACACUUUGACUCCUCAGAAGGCCUCGGGGUCUCUGUGGAGAGGAAGGAGGUCUGUCUGCCUGAUUGUCUCCCAUCCAUAAUGAAUAACCUGCCAACAAUUAGAGGCCGCUGCCGAGCUCUUCUCUGCUGUCAUGCCCCACAGAUAGAGACACACUCACUCAUUACACGCUCCAGUGUAAAAGUCAAUCAGAGAGUGGAGCUUCACAUGGAGGAUGGCUCCUUUCCUGCAGACCUCUAGCAUGGUUCACCCUGCUGCUUCUGACAAAUUUAGACAGUCAAAACAGCAUGGUGUCAGAUAAAAGUCAUGCUGUGUUUUUACAUAAACUUGAUUUCAUGUCUGGUGGCUGAGUGUUGUCCAUAAUCUUUGUUAUUUUGAGUUAACCAAGGAUGGUCUUGUGUCUCAGGAUAUUCUUGAUUUUUUUUCAUGUGGACUCCUUUUAUUUUUAUGGUUUGAAAUUGGUCCAGUUGAUCGUGUGAUUUCAGUCAGCAGCUGCCAAACAGGAUUUCCAGGCUGCAACAUAACUCCUUAGGCAAGCAAUAUCUGACCAAAGUGCAUAUUUUUAAAGUGCUUGUUUAUUCCACUGACAGAUUCCUCAACAAAUACACUAUUGUUUGAUACCUACUUCAGCAUAACAGACCCCUCUCUACUCACGUUUUCUAGUUUUCUUCUUCUAAGAACUCCACUUUCACAAGAUUUUUGGGUGAAACUUGUGAUUCUGGUAAGGCUUUUUAAGGCAGACCUCUCCAAGAGGUCUAUCUCUAGGUUAAUAUUGAAGCCCUUAAGGGAUCUUUUUAUAAAUGGACCUUUUAAGAUUUAUUUUCCUUCCUUUUAAGCAUAUAUUAACAAAUAUAGAGCAGUGAUAGAGCAGGAAAUAUGGUAGAGAUCUGCUAAUGAUGUGCAGGAAAAGGGUCCCGGAGUGGAUUUGAACCGGGGCCGCCUGCCUAUAACAUGCACGCCUUGACUGGUGGACUAUCAGUGCCUUAUGUGGUAAUUUUUUAGUCUGAAAAAUCUUUCCCUAAAUUGAAAGAAGCAUUGGUUCAGGCAGGACAUGAAGGCCAGCCCAUAUCAGCUGGUAACUUUUCUUGCGCUCAAUCGGCAAACGUCAGUAAGGGUGUUCUAUUUAAACCGCCUCAGACUUCCUUCUCUCGCGGCUUCCGCCAAAACCACUUUGUAAACUACCUGCACCUCGGCUCCUCCUUUAUGCUGUAUCUGAUCUUACCAGUGUCAUGUGCAUGUUCACUGAUGUGCUCUCCCCACUGCAGGCUUUGGCGUUCCUCGUAAGCACGAGGAGGGGCAGGGAGCUCUCAGAACAGAGCCAUACUAUCAAACAUGAAUCCACUUUCUUUCUUUUGAUGAAAGUGGUCCUGACUGAAUGUUAUUGAUUUAUUUAUUUUAAAGGGAUAUCCCGGCAUAAAAUUAAUUUAGGGUCAAACACAUCGUAACACUGAGUUAGACACCUCCUCGAGAGGUGAAUGUUGCCAAGCGUUUGCUUCUCUAGUUAUACCUACUUUUGUAGUGACCGCAGGAUAACAAUACACAGUGGUCUAAGGAGCCACACACACACCUCAACCAAAAAGCCACUCUAUAGCCACAAAUAAUGCUCAGAACAGCACCUAACUUCAUCAACAGUACAUACAGGGUCCUAGCCACAGCACUAGCCUCCAAACAUCUUUUUCACUUUGAGUUAUUUCUUUAGCAAAGAGACUAAACAUCUAAACUCACCUACUCUCUUCCAGCAGCUGCUUGUUUGUAGCGAGACCUCAGGCCAGUCCAUUAUGGAGUGCUGCGGGGUGACGCAGCUCAAGGAAGAACAUUUAUGAUGAUUUCUUUAUUUCCUUGAGGUAAUAAUCACCAUAUUAAUCAUUUUGCACUGCAGAUGCGGUAGUUCUUCUGCCUUGGCGUCUCGGUCUGGUUGCAUUUCCAUGAAGAAAUGAUCAUAAAUGUUGGGUAUUGUAAUGUGUUAUAACUGUUAACAACUCACUGACAAUGCCCACAUAGAUAAUGCAAUGCAACUGUUGUUAACAGUUAUAACACAUUAUAAUACCUGACCUUGUAAGUCAUGAUAAAAUGCUUUGUAAUGCGUUAUGAUUAUUGCUAUAAAGCAUUAUGAUCAUUUAUGAGUGUUUAUAACUAUAGUUAUACAGUGCUAUAAUGUGAUUAUAAUGCAUUAUACAUCCAUUUAUAAUUGGUCCUAGAGAUAGGCAUUAAAUAAAGUGUUAUCGAAGUAUCAACCAAAAAUAGCCGUUGAUCCUCAGUGAAAGAUUUUGUCAAAUGAAGGAUUACUCAUCAUCAUAGUAACAUUGCCUGUAAAUUUAGAGGACAGGGAUAUUUUUAAAAGGCCUCUUUUCAGCCACAGCAGCGUCAGUAAUGACAGUGCCGUCGUUGGUUGGUUAGUCUGUGAGCAUAACACUGCAGUUCUCUGAUGGAUGAAAUAAGGCCAGUGGCUGAUUUAGUAAUAGCUCUGUAGUCUUUUACACAACUAACAGCUGUGAAACCAAGAGGCACAGCUUUGAUAGAGCUUAUAUAAUGUAACAGAAUGUGCGCUGUGUGGGUGUGUUAGAUGUAACCUGUAAAGUUACCCCACAAACGUAAACAAACUUUGAUCAUGGAUCUAGACAGAGAGAGAGAGAGAGAGAGAGUGCUGAGGGAUGAGAGCAGAGGAUCCGGAGCUGUGAGCUGUGCAUGCACUUUUUUGGGGGGGGCCGUGUGGAGUGACCCUCGCACACACAAGUGUGAGUGAGCAUCCGUGGGAGUGAGCGUUUUGAGCAUCAAAAAAAGAAAAAGACCUGACGUGCCCAAGCUUGUGCUGUGCAAAACAUCUUUGGAAUUUAGCAUCCCUGUCCUUCUCUGCUCUGCCUCAGUCCCAGCGCUGACCUGUGGGGCUCUGAGGGUUUGAAAUGUCCCCUCUUCACGCUCAAGCAUUUCAUUGAGAGCUUUGUUUUGCCCUCGGGACACCUGAUUACAAUAUUUUAGGAGAGAGCACCCUUGAAAGCUACACUUGAAAGUUGGGCGCUUUGUUUUCUUUGUGAUUGCGGUAAAGUGGCAGUUUUAUGGUUUUCAACAUGAGUUAGGAUAUCAUCAGGAGAAACCUUAAGCCAAGGUCUGGGCUGUAAAGCUUCACUACAAGCCCAAGAGACUAAUAACUUUCAAGAGCAGCAUGUUUACCUCUUCCUACUUUAUGUGCUGCAUUAGAUAACAGAAGCAGAUUUGCCUCAUACUGAAAAAAUAUCAACUGUAUUUACUAAACCAUCAAGAAAAACAUGUAGUUCCAUCAUGUAUACUGAUGUUGAGCUGUGUACAGCAGGCUGCCCAGUGUUUACAGUCAGAAAUAUUGGAUAAAUCUACAACAAGCUUUUCAUUCAUGCUCUCAUUUUGCUUCAGAGCUUCAGUUUGCAGUGUAGGACAUUUUCUAAAAGGCUGUCAGAAACAUGCUCAGCCGAUGUAGGUAAAAGUGGACAGUAUCAGGGGAGAGCCUCUCUUGUAUCCUACGCAGCACUUUGAUACACUGAUCUUAAAACUUUUUAUGCGCGAUAAAAGGUAGCAGCUGAGAGAGCUCGUCAACGCUCUGAGAGGAGCAUAAAUCAAGAACAGAGCACUUUUCAAUUAGACCAUAACUGUUCAAGGCUGGUUGGCAGCACUGCUUUGAUCCAUGUUUCUGUGUGUGAUUUAAGGAGGUGUGUUGCAUUUCAGGGCCUCCUGGUUAGUCAGGGCUGGCUGUAAAUCUUGUUGUGUCUCCUUGUAUACUCAGGCCCGUAAACUAGAGGGCAAUUAUGGAAAACAACUGGAUGUGAGAUUUCUUCAGUCCUGUAAGAUUGGUGGUUGUGGUCUUAACAGGAAUUUUACUCUCUUAUCUACCCUAUCUAAAGGAAUAGCUUUGCCGUGCUCGCCCUCACCUCCUUCUGGCUCCUUGUCAAGCAUCGAUCGGCCUCUUGUGUCUUUUGCAGAUAGAAACAAGACACAUACAGAGUAAAAUACCGAACCUAAAAAUACUGUGUCAGACCUUGGCCAGUGGCCAUUAUAUUCGACACACUCAUGGUUUAUUCAUACGGUGUCAGAAACAUACACACUCAACAUGACCUGCAUGGACCCACAUCCAUCAUGUCUUCCUCUGACCAGGGAAACAGUAAGACAGGCAGAUGUGGUCAGAGGAAGUCCAAGCCCUCAGAGUGUAACAUUUUAUUUGAUUACAUUGAUGAUCAUUGUUCUGGCUGUUUUAUUCUAGCUUAUUAGGAGCCGGAUGCUUGAGUGGAAAGUUUUACAUCAGGGGGAAAUAGUACCUCAUGAAUAUAAACAUGAGCAGCUUGGGCUGCUUUGAUCUCAGCCUGGCGGAGAGCCCUGAGUGGAGUGGGCUGGAGCUGCCUUUGCACAGCUCUCUCUCUGCCUAUUUGAACCAUUUGCAUAAUUGUUAUAACUGAGGCCUGCAGUGCAAAACACUUGAUAAAUGUGGAAAGUAUGAGAAGCAGGAGGAGAUGUCAGGGUGUCACCGCGGGUGUCAGUGCUCAUGCGUAGUGCGUAUAUCGGUGUGACAGUGAAAUAGAGAAUUGCUUAAAGGUAGCAUGCGAGUCAUGAGUGUGCACUGACUGCGUGCUGACGGGUAGGCGGCAGGAUGGCCCGGUCAUUAGUGUGGAUGAGCCCAAGUGCGAUCUUCUUGCACCUGCUAAAAGAGUCUCUGUUAGUCUUUUUUUAUUUUGAAUUUUUCAUGCUUCAUCCAAAUGAUAAUGAACACAAUGCACACAGCUUGAAUUUAAGGGACAGAUUCGGUAAAGCACAAAAAGCCCCUCCCAAGAUCUGACACCCAAUUGAACCUUGGCAUGGAUUGGUUAUGAAUUCAUCCUGUUUCCACUAAGAAGUUAAAACAGGUUUAAAGACAUGCUGCAGCCAACAGAACCAGGUUUUAGGGCUUAUGUUGGCAUGUUCAAAGGCACUUUCAUAUCUCCGGCUGCUUUAACAGCAUUCAUCCUCCAGAAAUCUGUCAGGAUGGAUCUUGUAAUCAGGAAUCUUUAUAGUAUAGGAUGCAAAGUGUCCUUGAAUGUUUGAACAUAGCCUAGGUACCAUUUUAACAAAAACAGAAAAUUACAGUAAUGUGUUUGUCAAAGAAACAUCUGUUGCAUCUAUUUUGAUAUUUCUAUGAUAGAAAAGUAAUCAGAAUCAAUAGUUGCCCACAACACAUGAAUCUUUAAGUUUCAGAUAUGUGCUGAAAAUAAUUAUCAGUGAAAUUAAGUGGUAAUCUUGACUGCGCUACAAGAUUGAAGUGCCACAUAAGCAGGCCGGGUACUAAAGGAGAAAUUGCCUCCUUCUGGUCCUGUUUUAAAGCACUGUGGCUUGUUUGUGUGUUUUAUGGUCUCAAGAAGGUUUUAUGGCUGCCGGGGGUGUUUAUGCACGGGUGGAGAGAGGGUCAGAGAGGUGAAAUCAAUAGUGAUCCUUAAUGAGGUUGUCUGAAAAGAAGGAAAGGAGGGGAUAUGUGGGUUGAUUUGACAAGCCAUGGUGGUGCAGAGGUUAAAAGACGUGGCAUAAAGCUGAAGAGGUUCAAAAAGUUUUCAAUAAAAACAAUAAAUGGUGGGGGUGUGGUAACUGGUUUAGUUUUCAUAAAAUCAACAGAGAAAUAUUUCUGUUCUGAAAAAUAUAUCACUUGCUGUGACUGACUGGAAACUUAAUCUCAUACAGACCGCCAUGACUUGUGAUAAAAAUGUAUUCAGGCCAUGCUGGACUUAUGAGGACAGGCUGUGUGUAUGAUACAUUUUCAUGACAGACAGGAAAUAUGCAGACAAAAUAAGCAGCAGUACAGAAGUUGAUUAAAUUGUCCAUAAUGUGAAUUGAGUUGUUUUGUACUGAUCUUGUACUGCUGUGGUAACCUAGUUGGAUAAAAGUUACAUAACAGGAUUGGGAUGGGACAUAUGCUGCCUGUCCUCAGAGGAAAACAACAUUACCCCCACAAAGUGCAUGUUUUAGUGAUCCUGUACCACCUGAUUUGCCCUCUGGAAAGGAUGUCAUGAGAUUCAGAAAGACGAGGCUGAUGCUAAAAUAUCUGCAUCAGAAAACAGAUAUUUUUUAAAUUGGUUUUGGAUUUGGAGGAUUUUGCAUGAACACAAGGUUUUAAUGGAGGCCAGUUUGAGUGUAUGUUUGCUAAGCUGUGAUGUUGUGGGAAGCUGAGUUGUUCUAGCUGUGCUCUGAGACAGCUGUCAGUACAGAAAAACACAGCUGAUGAAACGUCAGUUCAGCAUCCACCCAGGGUGGUAAACAACCACGGAGGAGAGUUUAUUUCAGUAAAAAAAGGGAGUACAGACAUCUUCUCUAUUUGGUCAAACUGGCAGCUUUGCUCUGGUUACAGCAGUUUGAUCCUAACACCACUUCGGACCUCAAUAACUCCAUAAGCCAUGAAGUUUUGAGCAAACACUCAGCCAUCUUAAGCUUUUCACCAUAUUGUAUGUUGAAAAGGCUUUUCUCUUUUUUCAUUUCAUAUAACCUGAACUUCUUGUUUGUUACAUGUUACCUCUUAAGACUCUGGUUUAAAACAAAAUCCUGUUUGUCUAAGUUUUUCCUCCGUGUAUUUACAGAAAUCAUGUGAAAAACAUUUCCAAAUGAUGAAGCUUCAUGGAAUCAAACACAUUUCCUUUUUAUGUCAUACAAUAAUGAAUCACAGCAUACGGAAAUAAACCCUGAAACAAGCACUUCUAGUGUAACAAAAACAGAGUCAUGAAUGGUUAUGAGUCAAGGAUGGAAAUCCAAUCUAACUGUGAGAUGUUAAAAGAUUCACACCAUUAAAAUCCACUGUGUCAUACUAUUAACCUGAGCAAUCGUGUUUUUAACAAAGUCUUAUAUGACUAUGUGGUCAUGUUGGGAUGCAGGUGUGAGCAUUUAGCCCAGAUCAACACUGUGCCAAAGUAUAAUGGUUCAGCUAACAUGGAUUUAGACUCUUGGUCUUUUUUUACUUAUUUUUGAGAACUACUGACAGACUUGUCAGACUCUGUCUCUAUUUUUAUUUUAAGUUUUUCCUUUCCUUUUGUUGUCCAUGUAGAUUCUCAUUCAUCCAGGUCAUGGUUUUCUUGAAGACUCCAAAAUCAGGAGUUUCCAUUUCCUUUUGUUAGUCCCUGUCUGAUGACGGUAACUUAAUGACCUCUGAUUUCUGCUCUCAUGCCCGGGUAAAGAACACAUAAAAAUGCUCUUAGAAUUGGUAUUGGGCAUUUAAUCCACCAUUUUUUUACAGUUUCUAGACAACCAAUGAUUUUGACAACAAAGUUAUCAGAUUAAUUGAAUUCAGAUUAAUAUAGUUUUAGUUGCAGCCCUUUUAAGGCCAAAGCAAACAGUGUGGUAACAUGUUGCUUCCUGCAGCUUCAAACACUGUGUGCGAGCAGUAAGGAGCAGAAGGAAACUGUCAUGAUACAGUUAUGUCGCCAGCAGGAGCAAGGCUGUUAACUCAGUAUCUUCUCUGUACAAACCCACCAACUUUGUUUUGAACCUUCUUCUUUUUUUACAGAGCACUUCACCCCCCCACAGAGCCGUGUAA